AUGCUGCCUGUUGAUGAGCCGGACGAAUCUCAUACUGAAACUCCACCAGCAGUUUCCCAAACGGUCAAUAUCGGAAAGACUCCAACAAUUGGACAAGAAAAGUCAUCGGAAGUACAAGAUGCAUUUAAUGGGCUAUCUUUCCUGGUGGGUGUAGCUGAAAACAAGAAUCUGGCUUACAGAGCGAAAAUGGAAGAUGUUCAUACGUACAUUGCAAAUUUUGCCGAGCGAGUCGAUUGGGGUUAUUUUGCAAUAUUUGAUGGACAUGCUGGAAAACAAACGGCGCGUUGGUGUGGCAACAAUCUUCAUGAACUUUUGGAGCAAGCCAUAUUGAGCAAAGAGGAAGAGUACGGUCCCUCUGAUGCUUCUCCUCACAAUUUAUACGAUGUUCGAGAGAUUCUUCGUGAUGUGUUUGUUAAAGCUGAUGAACUCAUUGAGCAAGAUGGCUCUGGAACCUCAGGUUGCACUGUGGCCACAGCGAUCUUGCGUUGGGAGACAGCCGAGAACACUGCGCAAGAGAAGUCCUACGAUAAUCAUGAUGCCAAACGGAAUUUCGAAUUUCUCCCGCAAAAAAACCACAGAAGAAUGUUAUAUACAUCCAACGUUGGAGACCUGCGGGUUGUCCUUUGUAGAUCCGGAAGACUGUACCGGCUCUCAUAUGAUCACAAAGCCUCUGAUCACAAUGAAAUAGCAAGGGUCCGCGAGGCUGGUGGUUUGAUUGUAAAUCAUCGGGUCAACGGGGUUUUUGCUAUCACAAGGUCGUUGGGAGACUCCUAUAUUAAAAAUUUGGUAACGGGAAAGCCUUUCACGACUGCCACCGAAAUUACAGACCAGGAUGAAUUCCUCAUAUUGGCUUGCGAUGGUGUGUGGGAUGUUCUCUCAGACGAGGCCGCUUGCAAGUAUGUUCAAGGGGUUUUCAAACAACAAGCUGAGAACGGGCAAGUAUUUGAUCCCAUCGAAGCGGCAAAAAAGCUUUGCAAACUUGCUAUAGACAAGGGAUCCACUGAUAAUAUCACUGUGAUGAUUGUGAAGCUAGAUCCAGCCGUAUUUGGGGAUUGA